CUGCAUCUCAACCAUUAUCUCCACUUUUAAGAACUGCAUCAUGAACAUAAUUGUUAGAGCAUAGCUCGGUUGACCUUGCAUGCGUUGUUAUAUCAAACAUGUUUGUCAAUGUUAGUGAUCAAAACUAUGAGUCUUGAUUUCUAGUCUACAUAGUUAAGUCUCGGAUUAGGAUAGAAAAGUGUAGUCGAGCUCAAGGACCCUCCACCUUAAAAACUCCUUUUAUCAGUUUUCUCUUCACACAAAAACAGUUGUAAGCAUAGCUCGACACAGACGCAAUUUGACCCUCAGAAACCCUAAUUUUCGCACAAUUAUUUAGACUCUAAUUUAGGACUCAUAAAUUCUUCAACUGAAUGCAAUCAUCAACAGCUCAAUUCCUUUUUUACUCAACUUCGACCUUCCCGCGAAACCCUACCUAUUUCCCGCUACAAAAUCUUGUUUUCUGUAAAAAUCUCUGUUAUCGUCAAAGAAUGGCUUCUUUAAAAAGUUCACCGGUAAAAUCCCAACUCAAUAGUGGCGGUUCUUCAGAUUCAAGUGGUGGAGAAGAUAAUUUUAAGACUUUGAUUGAUUUUAUUGGUAAAGAUGGAGAAAAUGUUGGAGAUGAUAUGGUAAUUUUGAUUUCUCAUUUACAGUAUGCUUGCAAGAGAAUUGCUGCAGUUGUUUCAUCCCCAUUCAAUUCGGUACUUGGAAAAAAGGGUUUUGAUGGUUCUUCAAUGGGAGAUAGAGAUGCUCCAAAGCCACUGGAUAUUGUCUCGAAUGAAAUCAUUUUGUCCUCCCUCCGGAGUUCUGGCAAAGCUGCAGUCAUGGCUUCAGAAGAAGAUGAUGUUCCAGUUUGGAUAACUGAUGAUGGCCCAUUUGUGGUAGUCACUGAUCCAUUGGAUGGCUCUCGAAAUAUUGAUGCUUCCAUUCCCACAGGUACGAUAUUUGGGAUUUAUAACCGUCUUGAAAAACUAGACCAUCUACCCAUACAAGAGAAAGCUCAACUCAACUCUCUCCAGAGUGGUGGUAGACUCAUUGCAGCUGGCUAUGUUCUGUAUUCAUCAGCCACUAUAUUAUGUGUCAGCUUUGGUUCGGGAACACAUGCAUUCACGCUAGAUCAUACAACUGGUGACUUUGUUCUUACUCAUCCAAGAAUAAAAAUUCCAGCUCGAGGGCAAAUAUACUCUGUUAAUGAUGCACGAUACUUUGACUGGCCUGACGGAUUAAGGAAAUAUAUCGACACUGUUAGACAAGGCAAAGGCAAAUUUCCCAAGAAGUAUUCGGCUCGUUAUAUCUGCUCACUAGUUGCUGAUUUUCAUCGAACUUUAAUGUACGGAGGGGUAACUAUGAAUCCAAGGGAUCAUCUUCGUCUAGUUUACGAGGCAAACCCUCUUAGUUUUCUUGUGGAGCAAGCUGGGGGUAGAGGGUCGGAUGGUAAAGUUAAAAUUCUUUCAUUCCAACCAGUUAAACUGCAUCAAAGGCUACCAUUGUUCUUAGGAAGUUCGGAAGACAUGGAAGAAUUAGAGAGCUAUGGAGAUGUUCAGCAGAAGAUAAACCCUGGCUAUGAAGUCUAAGGUUCUAAGAAUCCUAACCGAUUCACAAGAUCCUCAAAACAGAUAAAGUAUUUACUCUUGUGUUAUGUUGUUCAUUAUUUUUUUUAUAUGCGGAUUCACGGCCUUCUACCGUAUUUGUAUAUAUUCAUGACAGAAUAAUUUCAUUUACCACUUGAUAAUGUUA